CAUCACGAUGCUGGUGAUGUCGCCACAGCCUCCGUCCCAAUCAGGUCGCGCGCUCCCGUUUGGCUCUCGUCCAUCAUGUCGUUGGCCGGCGGUCACCGGCGAGGCUACGCGUGGGCGCUCUCCGCCGGCCUAAAUGCCGCCCUGGCCGCCGUCUCCGCGAAGUUCGUCCCUUCUCAGAUUCCUAGAUAUGGCCUGGUUAUAUUGUUCAAUGUCAUUAUGUGGGGCUGCUAUGUUAAUAGCCUUAAAGCUCUGUCGUCUCUGCAAGCUACUGUCACAAACUUUGCAGCUAAUUUCCUAACUUCAGGUCUAGCAGGAUUUUUCCUCUUUAAAGAGCCCCUUUCUUCACAGUGGUUUGUAGGUGCCUUUUUCAUCAUACUAGGUGUUUUUGUCCUCAGCAAAUCCAGCAGUCCUAGAAAACUAAACUCAGAUUAGGAGGUGCUCAGGACCAAAGCAAAUCCGAAGUGGAGAGGAAGUUGCUGCAUGCCUAUUUGUAAGUGUGCCAUUAAUAAUUCAAGUGUAUUUUGGUGCAUGUCAUGUUGCAGUAUUAUUUGUUUUGGCAGAAACUCAUAUUGAUUUUACAUGAAGAUUCAAACAUAAUGGAUCUUGGUUUUUCUGUCAGUAAAGCUAGUACCCUUAACUUC